AUCAUCACCAGUUUGACGUCCCGCAGCCUCAACCACCACCCACCGUCACGUCAAACCCGCCACGGAACAACCUACAUCCCGAAGCCCUCUCCAAUAACUCACAUCCAUCUCACAACAUCCAGACAACGACAAUGGAGAACGGAAACAUCAGCCAGGGCGAGGGCAAGGACCCCUCCAGCUUCCUCAGCGACAUCAUCGGCAACCCCGUCACCGUGAAGCUCAACUCGGGCGUCGUCUACAAGGGUGAACUUCAGUCUGUCGAUGGCUACAUGAACAUUGCGCUGGAGAAGACGGAGGAGUACGUCAACGGCACCAAGAGGCGGUCAUACGGCGACGCAUUUGUGAGAGGAAACAACGUCAUGUACAUCUCGGCAGACUCUUAG